UUUGACUUACAUUGUAUAACAUAGUUCAUUUUGGCUUCAGUGAUGGAGAAAAAGCGUAUCCUGUAUUUGCUGCUAGUCCUGCCUUUUUUUACGAUUCUUGACAUAGCAGAAUCAGAAGAGAACACUGAUGGCUUAAGUCAGUUCGGUGUCUAUACUAGAAAUAAAAUCAUGACAGCUCAGUACGAAUGUUACCAAAAAAUUAUGCAAGAUCCGAUUCAACAAACAGAAGGCAUUUACUGCAACAGAACCUGGGACGGGUGGCUGUGCUGGAACGACGUCGCCGCCGGAACCGAGUCGAUACAGCACUGCCCCGAUUACUUUCAGGACUUUGACCCAUCAGAAAAAGUUACAAAGAUCUGUGACCAAGAUGGAAACUGGUUUAGACACCCACUGAGCAACCGGACGUGGACCAAUUACACCCAGUGCAACGUGAACACACACGAGAAAGUGAAGACCGCGCUGAACCUGUUCUACCUGACGAUAAUCGGACAUGGACUGUCCAUCGCCUCACUGCUUAUCUCGCUUGGUAUAUUCUUUUAUUUCAAGAGCUUAAGUUGCCAAAGGAUUACCUUGCACAAAAACCUGUUUUUCUCUUUCGUUUGUAACUCUGUUGUAACAAUCAUUCACCUCACCGCAGUGGCCAACAACCAGGCUUUAGUGGCCACAAACCCUGUUAGUUGUAAAGUGUCUCAGUUCAUUCAUCUUUACCUAAUGGGCUGUAACUACUUUUGGAUGCUCUGUGAAGGCAUUUACCUACACACACUCAUUGUGGUGGCUGUGUUUGCAGAGAAGCAACACUUGAUGUGGUAUUAUUUUCUGGGCUGGGGAUUUCCACUGAUCCCUGCUUGUAUACAUGCUGUCGCGAGAAGCUUAUACUACAAUGACAACUGCUGGAUCAGUUCUGACACCCAUCUCCUCUACAUUAUCCAUGGUCCGAUUUGUGCUGCGCUACUGGUCAAUCUCUUUUUUCUAUUGAAUAUUGUACGUGUGCUCAUUACCAAGCUAAAAGUCACCCACCAGGCAGAAUCCAGUCUCUACAUGAAAGCCGUGAGGGCUACGCUUAUCCUGGUGCCGCUGCUCGGCAUUGAGUUUGUGCUGAUCCCGUGGCGGCCUGAAGGGAGGAUCGCGGAGGAGAUAUACGACUACAUCAUGCACAUCCUUAUGCACUACCAGGGUCUUCUGGUUUCUACAAUUUUCUGUUUCUUUAAUGGAGAGGUUCAAGCAAUUCUGAAAAGAAAUUGGAAUCAAUACAAAAUCCAAUUUGGUAACAGCUUUUCCCAUACAGAUGCUCUCCGAAGCGCGUCUUACACGGUGUCGACUAUCAGUGAUGGUACAGGUUACAGUCAUGACUGUCCUAGUGAACACUUAAAUGGAAAAAGCAUCCCUGAUAUUGAAAAUGUUGUCUUAAAACCAGAAAAGUUAUAUGACUGAUGAUUGAGGGACUACUGUGUAACUGUUUUGUGCCACUCCUAACUAAAGGACUUGAAUCCAUGACUUUACAACCAGAAGACUUCACUAUUCAAUGAAUGUCUCGAAUGCCACCAAGAAAACCCACACAUUGAUUCAGUAGUGUGUUGUUAAAUAUUUAACAGCUAGCUCUUUGGGAGAAAAAACAAAAACAAAAACACCCGGAUUUGUAAUGUUUUCCAGUUUCUGUGGUGUAUUCCCACCGUGGUUGAUUUCAGGCCACAAAUCUGACAUUCCUGAAUGUGAAAUUGGGAAAAUAUGAGUACAAUCAACUCUUAUAGGCUGGGAUGUACCAGCUCUAGGAUACCACGCAUGAAUUCACAAAUAAGUAGAACUAUAAAAGUUCAUAGACACAUUGGACAUGCUUCUACUCCUACUGACUAAUGAGAGCUAGGUAAGGCCUCCAGACUCCAAGGGAAAACUAGCUUUUCAUUUGUUUGUUUUUAAAAUCUUUAUCCCAUAUUCACUGAUGCAGUUGAUUUUUUUUUCCUCCCCAGUAAGUAUUCUAGCCCUUUCUGUAUUUACCCUUUCAAAUGGACUGGAGAGAGAAGUAAUUAUUUCUGUUGGCUUACUCUUUUCUCUCCAAGAGAAGUGACUGGACAGAACCGCUAUUGGCUAUCCACUGGCUGGUGUAGCAGUUAUAGCCGAUGGCAUCUGAUUUUGAGAUUCGGUGAAUAGUACGUAGGACGUGCAAUCCUACUUUGCUAUCACUAGGGAGACAUCUUGGUUGACGUUGCAAACAACUUGCCAGCUACUUUCCUAUCUUACUACACAAGUGGGAGGGAAUCAGUUUCCCUGUAUUCGUAAAUAGAAACUUUGCCCCUUCCAUUUCUACUGUGUAGACAAAUUAGCAGUUAUUUUACAUGAAGGAAAUCAGGGAAGGAUUUCUAAUUUUCUUGGAAGUUUGUAAAAAAAAAAAGUGUCGUGAAAAUAAGCUUGUUAAUACUCUGUUAUUCUAUUUUAUAGUCUUAAAUCAAAUGCAUAUAAUCUAGAUAAGUUUAAGAAACAAAUACAUGAUGUAACAAUGUAUGCUUGUUGAUAUCUGAUACUGUGUCUGGGCUGAUUUUAUAAUAAAACAGAGUCUGGAAUUCUAUAUUUGGUAAAUAUUUUAAGGACAACCAGAUGCCAGCAUCAGAAGUUUGAGAACCAAGAGAAUAGAAAUAUCUGUGAUACGAUAUAAAAUAUUUAUUAAAAAAAACUCAAGUUUUAUUACAUUAGCUUAGGUCAUUCUUUAAUAACUUAAUAAUAAGUAUGUUUGACAUAUUUCUCCUUUUGUUUGGACGAUGAACUUGCAUUCUAAUCCAGAAGCUUUAAAGGAUUCCUAUAGUAAUCAAUGUCAAAGUGCCACUCUUACGGUUUUUACACCAGUAAAAAUAUUACUUUUCUGACUCUUACUGUAUAAAUAUAUAUGGCUUUGGAAA